AUUUAACCCAAUUACAUAGGUUUUCUUCUCAGAGCUCUUACAUUUGGUGUUGUUGGAUGUCUGAGGUAACACAUUGACUUUGGCUGAGAAAACAGGCAGCAAGAUGGAUGUUUGCAGAUAUUUGAUUAUGUAUUACUUCAUGGCAUUCACCUUUUUCAAAGUGGCAGCUUGCAAUGAGGUGUCCAUUAUUGGAGGCAAAGAUGUAAAAAACAAACAACCAUGGAUGGUGUCUAUUCAGAAGAACCAGAAGCAUAUGUGUGGAGGAAUCCUGAUUAAAGACCAGUGGGUUUUAACUGCAGCGUGUUGCAAAGAAAAAAACAUGAAAUCUGUGACAGUUCUCAUAGGAUCUCUGUCUCUGAGUAAAGGCACUCAGCGUGUUGGCAUCCUCAGUUACGAUUACCCAAAAACCUACAAUGAAAGAACUAAACAAGAUGACAUCAUGCUCAUUAAGCUAAAUAAAAAAGUGAAAGCAAAAACCAAAAAAAUCCCUAAAAAGGAAAAAGAUGUUCCACCUGGAACAAACUGUGUUGUGACAGGUUGGGGAACUACUAAUUCUAAUGACAUGAAUGAACCUUCUGAUAAACUGCAAAUGUUGGAGGUGUCAGUGAUGCGCAGGGAACGGUGCAACAUCUACUACAAAGAUGAUCCUGUGAUCACUGAAGACAUGCUGUGUGCAGGAGGCAAGCAAGACAAUACAGGCACCUGUUGGGGAGAUUCCGGUGGACCUCUGGAAUGUAAGAACAAUCUAGUUGGAGUGGUAUCAGGGUCAAAAGUAUGCGGUAAUCCGAAGAAACCAACUGUGUACACCUUUCUCUCCAAAAGACACAUCCUCUGGAUCAAUAACAUAUUGAAAAAGAAAUCCAACAGCACAGCCUUUUAAGAAGCUAAACAUUUCCAGCAUGUAGACUGUUGAUUACUUAAGAUUGCUGUAACUAAAAGAAAAAAAUAUGCUUUUUGAAUUAAGAUUAAACGUAUAUUCACAAAGCAAUACCUGAUUAUUUUUCACACUUUUUAACAUGUAGUAAAAUUGAGCAAUAUGUAUCCAAUAUUGCAUUAAUAAAAACUUAGUGAAGAAUA